CGAAGCACGGCCCACAGCGCGACCGUGAGAGAAAGUUUAAAAGCGGGCGGUUUCCUCCCCGCCUUGCCCGCCGAGGGGUGGGGGGAUCUGUUUGUCCGUCUGCGCUCGGAGAGAGGUGGGGGUCACGAGCCGCCCUCCGGGGUCGCGAAGCCCGGGGUUCUUACCCCACCCUUCCACGGGGAGACGAAGACCUUCAGAAGGAAUCUUGUGAGUGGACGGUGAUCCUCAAGACCGCCAGACAGUUACUUCUUCACCACCACUAGCUUAAAAAAUAAAUCAUGACUGAAUCUGCCUCUAGCACAAGUGGUCAAGAGUUUGAUGUAUUCAGUGUUAUGGACUGGAAAGAUGGAGUAGGUACAUUACCAGGAAGUGACUUAAAGUUUCGGGUAAAUGAGUUUGGAGCCCUGGAAGUUAUUACAGAUGAGAGCGAAAUGGAAAAUGUUAAAAAAGCAACAGCUACCACCACCUGGAUGGUACCAACGGCUCAAGAAGCCCCGACCUCUCCCCCGAGCUCCAGGCCCGUAUUUCCACCUGCCUACUGGACAUCUCCACCUGGAUGUCCCACAGUCUUUUCAGAGAAGACUGGGAUGCCUUUCAGGUUGAAGGAUCCAGUGAAAGUAGACGGGCUUCAAUUCUGUGAGAACUGUUGUCAGUAUGGCAACGUAGAUGAGUGUCUCUCUGGAGGAAACUAUUGCAGCCAGAAUUGUGCUCGGCAUAUGAAAGACAAAGAUCAGAAGGAGGAAAGAGACACAGGAGAAGACAACGAGGAAGAAGAUCCUAAGUGUAGUCGGAAGAAAAAACCAAAAUUAUCUCUGAAAGCCGACUCCAAGGAGGAUGGGGAAGAGCGAGAUGAUGAAAUGGAGAACAAACAAGAUGGAAGAAUCCUGAGGGGUUCACAGAGAGCCCGAAGGAAAAGACGGGGUGAUGCGACUGUAUUGAAGCAGGGUUUGCCUCCUAAAGGAAAGAAAACUUGGUGCUGGGCAUCCUACCUGGAAGAGGAAAAAGCUGUGGCAGUACCAGCAAAACUGUUCAAGGAGUAUCAGUCCUUUCCAUAUAACAAAAAUGGGUUUAAAGUUGGCAUGAAAUUAGAAGGCGUGGACCCGGAGCAUCAGUCUGUGUACUGCGUCCUCACCGUGGCUGAGGUUUGUGGAUACCGGAUAAAACUGCACUUUGAUGGAUAUUCUGACUGCUAUGACUUCUGGGUAAAUGCAGACGCUCUGGAUAUUCACCCCGUCGGGUGGUGCGAGAGAACUGGCCACAAACUCCAUCCUCCAAAAGGUUAUAAAGAAGAGGAAUUUAAUUGGCAGACCUAUCUUAAGACAUGCAAAGUGCAAGCUGCUCCCAAGUCAUUAUUUGAAAAUCAGAAUAUAACAGUGAUCCCAUCAGGCUUUCGAGUUGGAAUGAAGCUGGAAGCUGUAGACAAAAAGAAUCCUGCAUUCAUCUGUGUUGCUACGGUAACAGAUAUGGUGGACAAUCGUUUCCUGGUACAUUUUGACAACUGGGAUGAGAGCUAUGACUAUUGGUGUGAAGCCUCUAGUCCACACAUUCAUCCAGUUGGUUGGUGUAAAGAACACAGAAGAACCCUUAUCACCCCUCCAGGUUAUCCAAACGUGAAACAUUUUUCUUGGGAUAAAUACUUAGAAGAAACCAAUUCUUCACCUGCUCCUGCAAGAGCUUUCAAAGUGAAACCUCCACAUGGAUUCCAGAAAAAAAUGAAGCUUGAGGUCGUAGACAAAAGAAAUCCCAUGUUUGUUAGAGUCACAACAGUGGCAGACACGGAUGACCACCGAAUAAAAGUUCACUUUGAUGGCUGGAAUAGUUGCUAUGAUUACUGGAUAGACGCAGAUUCUCCUGAUAUUCACCCCGUGGGCUGGUGUUCUAAAACCGGGCAUCCUCUUCAGCCUCCUUUGGGCCCCUUAGAAUUAAUGGAAGCUUCGGAACAUGGUGGAUGCUCAAUCCCAGGGUGUAAAGGGAUUGGCCAUUUUAAGCGAGCGAGACACCUGGGCCCUCACAGUGCUGCCAACUGUCCCUAUUCAGAAACCAAUUUGAAUAAAGACCGAAUUUUCCCAGACCGCUUAAGUGGUGAGAUGCCUCCAGCUAGUCCAUCAUUUCCGAGAAAUAAAAGGACAGACACAAAUGAAAUCUCUUCAUCUCCUGAAAUCAGAGACCAGCAUGCUGAUGAUGUCAAGGAAGACUUUGAAGAGAGAACAGAAAGUGAAAUGAAGACGUCACAUGAAGCCAGAGGUGCCCGGGAAGAGCCCAGUGUGCAGCAGGCACAGCGUCGGUCGGCCGUCUUUCUGUCCUUUAAGUCCCCAAUUCCGUGUCUGCCCUUGCGCUGGGAGCAGCAAAGCAAGCUUCUUCCAACCGUAGCCGGCAUCCCAGCCAGUAAAGUUUCCAAGUGGAGCACAGAUGAGGUGUCAGAAUUCAUACAGAGCUUACCUGGGUGUGAAGAACACGGAAAGGUAUUUAAGGAUGAACAAAUUGAUGGAGAAGCAUUUCUGCUUAUGACCCAAACAGACAUUGUUAAAAUUAUGAGCAUUAAGCUGGGCCCUGCUCUCAAAAUUUUCAAUUCUAUCCUGAUGUUCAAAGCUGCAGAGAAGAACUCUCACAAUGAACUUUGAAGAUGGUGAAUUUUGAAUACUGUCAGCUUUCUGCUUUAAAGCUCAUGUUUUAUUCAAAGCACAAGAACAGUUAUAACUCCUAAGUGAGAAGUCUCCAAAACUCAGAAGAACAGUGAUAUCGGAUUAUUUAUAUUCCUCGAGAGACAAUGUAUAUGAAUUCCUAUGAAAGUGCUCGAGCUUUUAACCGGGUACUGUUGAACAACAGUCAUCUUUUGGUUCUGUUCACUGAGCUAAAUUUAUCUUUGUAAAUCUUUUUGAGGCUGGAGGGUGGGGGGAAAGGGGGACUUCAUUAAUUAUUUAUGGAUAAGGGGGGCAGAGUAAGAACUUUCCGCAUUUUGUAAACAUAGUUGAAUUCUCUUUCAUGCACACUGUUUUCUUUUUCAAUACUUUCAGGAAUCUUUUUAUAUAAUCAGAUUUCAACUUAAACCAAAUUAGUCAAAACCUGGCGAAGUGCGGCCAGCGGGACUGUUAUGUGUAUUGUUGAUUCUGUGCCAUAUUUUGAAUUGCGACAUUAUGCUAAGUAUAACUUUGCAAGUAAUGCUAUUGCCUAACUGCUUGUCAUAAUUUGUUGGGGCUGAAUAGUUGUAAAAAUUACUUUCCUUUAAAUCAGUGUUUUUACUUUUGCACGUAUUAUGAAAUGUUAAACAAAUUACUUUUCACCAGCAUCUUUACGAUAAUUACCAAAAACAUGUAUAUAAAUAAUGGAAUUGAAAAAUAAAAUAUAUAAACAUAAAUAAAUUAGGUGAUGUAUAAUGACA